UAUAAAUACCCGCUUAUAGCUCGCCGUUGGAGGGAGGAGAGAGAGACACAUGGAUUAUAGUCUAGCAGCGCUGAAGCUGCUGUGCGUGCAACUGACAGACGCCCGCGAAACCCCUUCUCAGAACGCAUUGACUCUCGGCGGCAUUCUCUUCCAACGGGCAUGGUUGCAGGGCAUUUUGGUCUCCAAAGAUGGCGACGGCCGUCUGCUCCUUGAUGAUGGCACCGGUGUCAUCCAGCUUUCUCUUUCCGGCGACUUCCGUCUCCGCCGCUGGGAUAUAGGGAUGUAUGUGAUGGUAAUUGGUGGGUAUUUUGUUGGUACGGGUGAGAGUCCCAUGAUUAAGGUUCAUAAGAUUGUUGAUCUAUCACCAUUUCCUGAUCGAGAAGCCAUGUGGUAUCUUGAAGUAAUGGAGGCAUAUAAAUUGUUCUACCAGCCCUUAAUUGAAGAAUUCAUGUGAGUUUUGUUCAGAUCGUUUUUUAGCAUUGGGAAAACUUAGAUCACCUUGACUGUAGUCCCAGAAUUGCAAAAUUUUUGUGUAUCAACAUGCAUAACUAGCAGGAGUCUCUGUCUGAUUCUUUCUUCCCUCCAUGGGAAAGCUUGUCUCUUGUAUAGCUGUCUUGUGAUGUUUAAAAUUGCAAGGACAGUAAUGAAUAGUGGAUGUACUUAGUUCUGUUUA